CCCCGUGUGCGCCUGUCUCCCUGAAGUAACCGCAACAAGAGACAGAGGAAGAGAAAAUGGAGAAUAGAGAAGAUUUGAAGUCGAUGCUACCGUUUCUGCCUUUAUUACUUCGCUCAUCAAAUCUGUUUUGGCCAUCACAAGUUGUUGAAUCACUCAAAACACUCUCCAAAGGACCUUUUUACAGCAAAGUUGACACUGGUGAACUGCUUUUCAAUGCUAUUUCCAAUAUCAGAGAUUCUCUUGCUCUCCCUUCUAUGCAUCGUCUCUCUCCUUUUGCCCAUAAAGGUUAUGCUCUCUUCUUUGAUGAGCUGAUUUCACGGGAAGAGGCAGCAAAAUGGUUUGCUGACGUUCUCCCAACAUUGGCUAAAUUGCUCUUGAGAUUGCCAUCUCUUUUGGAGUCUCACUAUCAAAAUGCUGAUAACUUGCGUAAUGGUGUCAAAACUGGUUUUCGCCUGUUGGGUCCACAAGAAGCUGGCGUGGUGUUCCUCGGUCAGGAAUUGAUUGGUGCUCUCCUUGUAUGCGCUUUCUUUUGUUUGUUUCCAGUCUCUGAUAGAGAUAAUAAACGUCUUCCAGCAAUCAAUUUUGAUCAUUUGUUCGAGGAUAUAUAUUCGAGUUACAGUGAAAAGCAGGAGAACAAAAUAAAGUGUAUUAUACAUUAUUUUGAAAGGAUAUGUUUAUCUAUGCCUGAGGGCUCUAUCUCCUUCGAGAGGAAGGUUCUUCCUUUGGAACAACAUCCCUUGUGUGUUUUUUAUCCCAAGGCAGAUUUUUGGAUCAAAUCUGUUGUUUCUCUCUGCACUUUAGAGGACUAUAGUUCAGGCCUCAUUGAAGACCAAUCCAGUGGAACUCUUGAAGUUGAUUUUUCUAACAAGUAUCUUGGAGGUGGUGCUCUUCAUAGGGGCUGCGUGCAGGAAGAAAUCCGGUUCAUGAUCAAUCCUGAAUUAAUUGCUGGAAUGCAUUUCUUACCUUGCAUGGAAGACAAUGAGGCUAUUGAAAUUGUUGGUGCUGAAAGAUUUUCAAAUUACACAGGGUAUGCCUCUUCAUUUCGUUUUUCAGGUGACCAUGUGGACAAAAGGGAUGUUGAUAGUUUCAGAAGACGUAGAACCAGGAUUGUUGCCAUAGAUGCAUUGUGCAAUGCAGGGAUGGAACAAUAUAAACUUGAAUACCUCCUUCGGGAGACCAACAAGGCAUUCUGUGGCUUUUUGGAUCAAUCUAAAUGUGACCAUAAAAGACUGUUUCAAGAUGGUGGUUUGAAAGGUUCUCAGUGUAUUCAAGCUGGUAAAGAUGAUGAUGUUAUGGUGAAGGACUUCCUGAUGGAUGAAGCCCCCUCGACUUCUGUUGAAAUUGCAUUGAAUGGAGAGGAAUCUGUAAACCAAGUGAUCAGAUAUUCUGACAAGAAGGGUAGUUGGUGUGAAGACCCUGAAGCUAAAAUUGGUAUUGCUACGGGGAAUUGGGGAUGCGGAGCUUUUGGUGGAGAUCCUGAACUAAAGUCCAUAAUUCAGUGGCUUGCAGCUUCUCAGGCAUUAAGACCUUCCGUUUUGUACUACACAUUUGGCUUAAAAUCAUUGCAGAAUCUGAAUCAGUUAAGUCGAUGGAUUCUGUUGCAUGGAUGGACGGUCGGAGACCUUUGGUAUAUGUUGGUGCAGUACUCUUCUCAGAGAUUCAACAAGGAAACUAACUUGGGAUUCUUUGCAUGGCUGCUCCCUUCGCAAUUUGCCCACGAGGCUCCUUAACUUGUUUAUUUAUUUAUUUAUUUAUUUUAACUAUGUAAUUAACUUUGUAGCUUCACUUUUUUAAUCUAUCAUAUUCCAGUAGUUCUCUUCAUGUAAGAAAUGCAACUUUGCUCUAGUUGAGUAUUUAAAAUGCUUGCCCAACCUUGUAAAUCAAACUAAGACAUGGAUAUUCUUCAUAAGAAAUCCAUGGUAGGCAUUCAAAAAUGUUAUGAUCUGCUCUUUUUUAUAAAAUUAAUCAUCUUUUUUGUUA